AUGGGUCUCCUGAGGAAGACUGUGACGCUUUUAGCAAUAUCGCUGAGUCUCGGGCAGGUCCUGGCUCAAGACUCGAAACCUUCUGGAGAUACAUUAGACGGCAUUGCAUGGAACUGCGAUGCCUUCUACACUGUCAAGAAGGGAGCCUCGUGUGAUGCGAUCGAAAAGAAGUUCAAAAUUACGCACAAGGACUUCAUCAAGUGGAAUCCCAAAGUGUCUAAUGAUUGUAAGGACAACUUCUGGGUCGGAUACUCCUACUGUGUAGGAAUAAACCCCGAUCAAACCUCCACCACCACCACCACCAAAUCAACAUCAACAAGCACAUUGACACACUCGACGCACCCAACUGGUACCACUACUACCACUGGGAGCAAUACACAUACGCACUCUGGCUCCCCAUCUCCACCUCCAACAUCCUCUCAUUCGCAUCCUGGCAAUACGACGACCAAGCCCUAUUCGACCCGCUGGCCCACCAGUUCCUAUAACCUCACGGCCCCCUACACGGCGACUGCAUGGCCUCCCCAACAUACCCUCGGCGGACAGCCAAAGAACUGCACGACCUGGUAUCAGGUGAAGCCGCGCGACACGUGCGACAGCAUCGUUAAGCAAUAUGCCAACCGCUUGACCAUGGACCAACUGAUUCAAUACAAUCCGACACUGAAGGACGACUGCCACCGUCUGUAUGUGGGAUGGUAUAUCUGUCUCGCUGUCAGGACCAAUAACACCCUGACCCUGCCAUGGUAUACGCGGACCAACGCGACCAUUCCCUCUGCAACCCCUUAUGUCCCGCCAGUGACAACAAUCGUGCCUGAUUUCACAGCUCAGCCUCAAGCAUCCGGGAUCCCGAGCAACUGCCAGGAUUUUUUCAAAGCUCAAGAGGGCGAUAGCUGCGGCACCGUGCUGAAGAAGUACGGAUACAUCACCAAAGAGCAGUUCUUCAAAUGGAACCCAUCUCUCAAAGGAAACUGCCAGGGCCUACAGGCUGGUUACUACUACUGCGUGGCCAGCUUCGACCCCAAGGACUUGCCGCCACCACCUACGGUUACCAAGGCCGAUGCUUCCCCAACGGCCUCAGGGACCAACGAAAAAUGCAAGGCCUUCUACCAGGCCACCGGUAGCGAUGACUGUGCCUUAAUUGCGCUCAUGUUUGGUACAUUCUCAGAAAAAGACUUUAUAUCAUGGAAUCCCAGCGUAGGAGACAACUGCAAAGAUAUCAAAGAAGGCACGUAUUACUGCGUCGGCCUCCCAGAUACGCCCACCACUCGGACGAGCGCGAUCGCCACAACGCCCACGACAUCCGGCUCAAUGCCCACACAAACCGGCGUGACUGAAAAAUGCACCCAGUUCUGGUUUGUCUCGCCUUCUGACACUUGUGAUUCGAUUAUCUCGAGUAGCGGGGCCUCAAAAGAGGGCUUUUACCAGUGGAAUCCGGCCGUGGGUAAAGACUGCGCUGGGCUGAAACCGAAUUAUUAUGUCUGUGUUAGCACGUCGAAGCGUCCUAAUUCGACUGGGGGGUCGCUUACCACCCUGACUGGCUCAGAUACUCCAGCUCCUACCCAGACUCCUACGCCGCCGUCUGCUACUGCAUCUCCUACUUCGUCUUCCACUUCGUCUUCCGCCUAG